UAAGAAACUGUUACAUAGAUCAGAGUCCACACAAACACACACACACAGGCAGCUGCUCUCGAGUGAAAAGCUGUUUUCUUCAUUACGUGUCUGAACUUCAGUGACUCUGCAGCCAGGAUGACUCUGGAGCUGCUGUUUGCUGCUCUGUUAGUCGGGGUUUAUUUCCUUCUCCAUGCGACUGUUUUCAAGCUGCCCACAUGUAAAAGUGCUGGAAAGCUCCAUGGGAAAACCGCCAUCGUCACUGGAGCAAACACCGGCAUCGGUAAGACCACCGCAAUGGACCUGGCCAAGAGGGGGGCGAGGGUGAUUCUGGCCUGCAGGGACAGACAGCGAGCUGAGGCCGCCGUCCAGGAAAUCAUCCAGGAGACAGGAAACAGCGAGGUGAUCUUCAUGCAGCUCGACCUGGCCAGUCUGAAGUCUGUUCGCUCAUUCGCUGACAACUUCCUCCGGUCUGAGUCCAGGCUGGAUCUGCUCAUCAACAACGCUGGUCUCUUGAAUGAUGGAAAGACAGAGGAGGGCUUCGGGUUGAUCUUUGGCGUCAACCACCUGGGUCACUUCCUGUUGACAGUGUUGCUCCUGGAGCGGCUGAAGGCGAGCGGGCCAAGCCGCGUGGUGACUGUGUCCUCCGUAACCUACAAGAUGGGGAAGGUGGAUUUCAACUGUCUGACCACUCACAGAGAUGUAGCUUUGGGCAACACCAUGUUUCACCUCAACCUGAAGUACAGCCAUAGCAAACUGUGCAACAUCCUCUUCACCCACGAGCUCGCCAAGAGGCUGCAGGGCACCGACGUCACCUGCUACAGUGUCCACCCAGGAGCUAUACGGACGGAGAUCGGUCGUUACUGGGGCUUCUGGUGGGGGCUCUUGGUGAAACCCAUCAUGUUCCUUUUCUUUGUGGAUGCUGAGUUGGGAGCUCAGACCACACUGCACUGUGCCCUGGAGCAAGGCAUCGAGCACCUCAGCGGCCACUACUUCUCCAAGUGUGCACCGCACAUGAACAUCGAGUCAAAGGCGAGAGACGAUGCCGUGGCCAAGAAGCUGUGGGAGCUCAGUGAGAGUUUCUGCGGCCUGUCCUGAAACCAAGCCUGCAAUCCGAGCUUUGGGUUUAAUCUUGUAUUGUGGGCUCUCUUACACCUGUGCUGUGAUUCAACCACUCAUUGGGAAAAACGCAAGAGUUUGACUGCAUCUGAACGCAUCAACAGUCUCGACUCAGCUGGGUUAAAUAUGGCCGGAUGAAAUCGCCGGUUUAAAUGUGACCUAAUGUUUGUGAUAGUUACUUCUCUAUCACAUACUUCUCUGCUGCAAGUUUUAAGUCUCUGCAAGUUAAUUUGAAUUAAAUCACUACAUCCUGCAUCUUUCAUAUACUCUACAAGAAUCAAAUAUAUGGCCACGUACACAUUUACAUAUAUUUUGAGCCAGCAUGUUUUUACAUAUUAAAUGACAGCAGAAAUGUGAUUUACAGAUAUAAUUUUAUAUUUUUUUGUAUUUGCAAUAUGUUUAUAUUUUGUUUUGGUAUAUAUACUGCUUUGAAUAAAGAUAGUGAACACAGAA